UCGAAGCUCUUUGCUGGUAUGACCCGUGCGGAGCACGGGUCGAUGGUCUAGUUAUCCUAAACACAAAUAUUAUUAGGGUAAGUUUGUGAAGCAAAACCCUUUUUUAUUUUAUUUUGUGAAAAUAGCUUAACCUUGACGAUUAGACUCUCUUGCGUGACACGAAAUCUAAGUUAAGUGUGAAUGAAUUAGGUUUAAUCUUACUGUUGUGAAGGUGGCUUUGAUGGAGCCUUUCCUUGUUUUUGGCGGCAUUACUUGCUUCGCUGCUGCUGCUGCUUACGUUUCCGCCAGAACCAGUGACAAGGAUGCAGAAAUUCUUAAAUCUGUUACCCGGGUCAAUCAGCUGAAGGACCUAGCACAACUGUUGGAUGCAGAAAAAUUACCUAUGGUUGUUUCAAUUUCUGGCGAAGUUGCUUUUGAAACCCCAAUCAAGUGCAAGAUUAGCGGUUUAAGUGGUGUAAUAGUUGACGAAAGUGUAGAGGAACAUUAUCUUAAAAAGGUUGAGCGAAAAGAGAAAUGCGAGUGUGCUAUUGAGCACAAAAAGACAUGCAGUUAUGCUGAUUCCUUUUUUGACAAGAAUGAUGUUUUUUCAUGGACACAGCAUUCUAGGCUCAUAUCAUCAAUUCCAAAAGAGGUUCCAUGGUACCUGGAUGACGGGACUGAUCGUGUGCAUGUGGUGCCACUGAUUUUGUAUUACCUGCUGAAGGAUCAAAAUUUGAGCCGUCUGAAAUAUCGAGCUAUCUCGAAGAUGAAAAGAUCCUUGGACUCAAGAGAAUUGAACGGGUACUUCUGGUUGGAACUUCCUGCCUCUAAAGAUGAUGAUGGGACCGUUCGAAUUCAACGACCUCUUAAAGGGCCAUUUUAUGUCUCUGGCAAAACGAUUGAUGAAAACAUUGCAAAUUUCGUGGAUUAUGCAAGGUAUUGUAAGGAUAAUUCUGUGGCCCUGACAAUGAUUGGUGCUUGUUUACUAGCCGCAUCCACUGUUAUUAUCUUGGAAGGCGGCGUUGCACUGAAAUGUGAAAAAGCUGAACCAAAAAGACUAGGAGCUAGGAUUUCAAAUCUUGCUGUAAAUUCCAAGUUGAAUAGUUUAGAACGAUUAACUUGCAUUACACAAGAGAUUAUUCUUGUUGUUAAGGUGGUUUUGAUGGAUUUAUUUUUUGCGGGAGGCGUUUCUUACUGUUUGGCUGCUGCUGCUGUUAACUUUUUCAACAGAGACAAUGUCAGGCAUGUGGAAACUCUUGAAUCCAUUCCCCGGUUCAAUGAGCUGAAGGAGUUAGAACAACUACUGGAUGUUGAAAGGUUACCAUUGCUUGUUGCAAUUUCUGGCAACGUUGUUUCUGAAACCCCAAUUAAGUGCGAGAUAACUGGUUUAAGAGGUGUAAUAGUUGAAGAAAGAGAAGAGCGACAUUAUCUUCAACGGGAUAUUUCUAUUGGACAAUGCAAGGAUGCUGCUACACAAACACAGAAUGGAAAAAUAGAUAUUUACUGGAAAAACCAUAGUUCGUUAUUAUCAUCCAAUCGUAAAGAGGUUCCUUGGUAUCUGGAUGAUGGGACUGGUCGUGUGCUUGUGGUUGGAGCUCGUGGUGGCACUGAUUUUGUAUUACCUGCUGGAACCUCAACAUUUGAAAAGUUGGAGCAGACACAAAUAAAUGAAACAUCGGAUCAUAUUCAACUUAUAAAGGUCAAGGGAUUGAAGAGGAUUGAACGAGUACUUCCGGUUGGAACUGCUUUAACUGUUGUUGGUCAGGCCUCUAAAGAUGAUGACGGGACCAUUCGAAUUCAGCGACCUCCCAAAGGGCCAUUUUAUGUCUCUAGCAAAGCGAUUGAUGAACACGCUGCAAAAUUUGUGAAUUAUGCUAGGUCGUGUGAGUAUACUUCUACGGGCCUGAUAGUGCUUGGUGCUUUUCAAAUAGCUGCCCGCAUCUACUAUUUGUUACAUCGUAGAAGACGUUGCAGUGAACUGUGAAAAAGGUACUGUAUACUGGGAUAUUCUUCUGAUUAGUGGUGGUGACAAACAAAAUCUUAUUAAAUUCUUUUCACUUAUCCAAGCAUGUUACUUGAAAAUUAAGGCUUUCCCCUUGGACAAUCAACAACUAAAUUGAAAAAUAAACUGGGGCAACUGAACUAACGACGAGUAGCUAGGAUUUCAAAUCUUGUUCCAGAUAGUUAGUAGAAUAGUUUAGAAUGAAUAACAUUGCAUAAUGAAUAUGUAUAAAUAAAUAUAUAUACAUGAGAGAAUAUCUUAAAAUAAAUAAAACUAAGAAAGUAAGAAAAUUGUAUAAAAAAUAAUAAAUAGAGAGAAUAGUUUUAAUUAUGACAAUGAUCAAUAAUAAUUGUAUAAUUUUUUAACAGUGAUGUGGAUUGUAUGAUUAUUUGAGCAACUGUUGCAUGAGAACAAAUUCUCAUGACAUUGAUUAGAAUUAUGAAAAGUUGAUAAGACAUAGACU